AUGAAUAAGUGGUCAACAUCAUUACCAUCGAUUAUCUCAUUGUGUAAUGAUGUGCAGUAUCAAUUCGAUCCUAUGUUUAUGCAACAAACAGGAUCAGAAACUACAACAUCAAUACCAUUAUCAAAUAAAAAUUUACACAGUACUAGUGGUUCUCUUGGUGAUUUAUCAGUACUUAUACAAUCACAACCAUCAUUUAUUAACUAUGAUGAGUAUUUAAAUAAUUAUAUUCAAUCGUCCAGACCACCUAUUUCCUUAUACGAUACAUCUAUUGAACAUGAAACAGCAAUACAAACAAAUAUAUCACCACAUGAACACUUUGUAACCAAUGAUGAAUUACUUGAAUCAUUGGUUGCUUAUGCCGAUAGUUUUAAUUUGGAUUCUUCUAGUUAUUCAACCCAAAGGAAAAGGCUACAAUCGACAACAACAACAGUAACGCCAGUUCCAACAAUACAAACAACACCAAUUCCAAAAAUACCAACAACGCCUAUUCCAAAAAUACAAACAACACCAAUUCCAACAGUACAAGCAACAGUAAGACGAAGAACACAAUCGUCAACAGCUCAUUUAGCAUCCAUGAUUGAAAAUGAUACACUAACACGACAUAAAAGUUGUGAUGAUAUAUCAAUGGCAUGUUCUAUAACAAGUACUAGUAAACCAAUAACUGUUAUACCACGAGAAGAACUUAUGACGAAAAAAAAUUUCACAAAAUUUGUACCAUCCGAAUCUCAUCCACAAUUCUUUUUUGCUGCAAAAACAGAUGAAGAUAAUGAUAAUGAUAAUUAUAAUUAUAAUUAUAAUAAUAAUAAUAAUAUUUUUGAAAGAAAUCAUGAAGAAAAACCAAUUGAAGAUUGUGCAACAACAACAACAGAUAUUUCAAAGUUUGAAUGGGGAUUUUCAUCAGAUACAAUGAACGAAUUAAACAAAUCAUCAAGUGAACCAUUUCAUACUUAUGAAGCAACAACUAAUAUCGGUGAUAUUAAUUUAAAUUAUUUAAAAGAUCUUGAACGAUGUUCUUCUAUGGCUGCUUCAAUGGAUUUUACUCAUGAAUAUCCCACACCUAUUCUACAACCACCACCACCACUACCCGUUAUAAUACGAAAAAAAAGUAAAGAUAUUAUAUUAAAACAACAAGUUGAUAUACAAUUACUUCGUCCACCAACUCCUCCACCACCAGCUCCAAUUAUUAUUCGAGAAGUUCGUCACAAACCUCCUCUGCCUCCUAAACCAAUAACAAUACAUCAAAAACUAGAAAAUACCGGUCAAAUUCAAUUAUCAAGAACACCAUCACCUAUUGUAAUUCGUGAGCGUCCGCCACUUCCACCAAAAAAGGAAUGUCUAUCCAAACCAACUAUUGUUUAUCGUCAUUUACCAACUCCACCAUCUUCACCACCAACAGUCGUUGUUGAACGUCUUCGACCAAAUGUUUCAGCUAUCAUACAAAAACCGGCACCUAUUGUAGUUGAAAAAUGGUUACCAUAUCCACCCGAACAAAAACGUCAAAUAAUUUAUGAACGAGCAUCACCGUUACCAGUACGAAAUAAAUAUCAGCCUAAUGAACAAGCAAAACAAAUUAUUGUCGAAUAUGAUGAUGUUAAUAUUAUUGUUAAUAAAGAUAUAAAACAACGAUCAGAAAUAAAACGUGUUAGACCUGAUCAAUAUAUUCACCAAUAUGGAAGUUCAUUAUAUUCGAAUGAAACUCUUAAUCAAUUAUUAACUGACUUUACUUGUUCAUCGCAAGUAUGUCUUAAGAAUAAAUCCGUUCUUUUUUUAUCAAUUUUGAUUAUUAACGAGUGUGCAUUUGAUUGGGCUGAAAUUUUUAUCACAGAUAGGGUACCGAAAGUGAAAAACGAACAACCACGUCUAUCAUAUCAACAUUAUUACGAAAACUACUCACCGACAUAUCCUUGA